AUGGGAACCUCAAGUAUCAAGAUGCUAAGGAUUCAAGCUCUGCCCAUUCUUCCUAUGCCUUGCUCAUUCUUUCAACCUAAUAACUUUUCUCUUGUAACUGAAAAACUUGUCACAAAUUACAAUGCCCAAAUCGAACACAACAACCAAGGAAAUUUCAAUGAACAAAAAGGGUUUAGCUUUGCAUCCAUUGAGCCCAGGAGAACAUUUACAUUUGCCGAUGAUAUCUUUGACAAUGGACAAAUCCGGCCAAUCUUCCCGGCUUCCAACCAAUCCCUUCUAAUUAAUAUUACACCUGUAAUUGCCACAUCACCUCUCCAAUCAUCACUAAAGAAGUCAUUUGAUGUGCAAACUAAUCAAAUUUCCUUAAACCGGAGUGGUGUUUCGAAAGAACCACACAACGAGCCAUCACCAACUACAACAAUGGCGGAGGUGGAGGCUUCAACCUUGUGUGUCAAGAAGAGGCAAUUUACAAGGUUCUCAAAGAUAUGGAGAUUUUUGUGGCACAUGAAUCAUUGGAAAAACAACAAUACAAAGGAAACUUUAGUUUUCUUUAAUCCUUCAAUUCAAGGAAUAUCAAAUACGGGAAAUGUGGAAAAUGUUAUAAAGAAGGGAAAGAGCGAGAAGCGCAAAAUGAAAUUGUCAGCUCACGAGAAGUUUUAUGUGAUGAAUAGAAUGAGGAAAGAGAAAAAUAAACACAGAUCAUUCUUACCUUAUAGGCAAGAGUUGGUUGGGGUGUUUGCUAAUGUCAACGGUUUUAGCAAGAGCUUUCAUCUAACUUCUGUAUAA